AUGUCUGAUCGAUCAUGCCAUGGCUCCAUCACAGAGUUGGUAGGCGCGAUCAAUGCGUGCACGUCGAUCAAGGAGUUUAUUGAGAACCUGCCAUCAUCGCUAGACCGUUCUGAAGGGAUCGCCGAACCAGGCGACAUCCCCGACUCCACUCCCAAGAUCAUUAAGCACAUCCUGGAAAUGCAGCCAUUGAUAUAUCAACCAGCUAUCAAACAUCCUUACAAAGUCGACAUUAAUGUUGGUGCUGUCAAGGAAAAGAUUGACUCAUGUCUUAAACUGGUCGAGCAACAGUAUUGUGACAGUAUCAUGAUAAUGCAUGAAAAACGUCUCUCAAUGCUCUCCCUGGCAUCAUUCGAUUGGUCUUCAAUCUACAACCCAUUCAGAACACGGUUGUCCUCUGGACCAAUGUUUACCAGCCUAUCGUCGAUCAUAUACUCUGACGGUAAUAUACAUUACUUUGACUUUGGAUACUCCACGAGCUCUACAGGGCAAAAAACAACAAUGGCACCCAUGUACUAUCAAUACUCAUUGGCAGAGGACAAAUGUUAUCAAUCAAGCAUUGUUGGAUUUAAUGGUCAACUUGGAUGGUCAUCAACAUGUUUUGAUGGCGCCAACAAUAAGGUAUACCUGUUUGUAAGAUCACCUGGACCUAUUUGUAUGCUUAGAUUAUAUCAUCUUGAGCUUGGAGCACGACAGCUCAAUCACAUUACCGACUUCCAAUUCAUGUUGACCAACAACUAUACAUUCAUUGAUAACAACAACAAGAGUAUUAUAAUGGCAGUACUGCGCGAUGUAAAUGGAGUACAAAGAAGCAGUAUUAUCUCAUUCAAUGUCAAGACACUUGGAUAUGAGGUUCUGUUUGAGGACACAAACAUCAAUUAUGGUACAAUUUGUUGUUUUGAUGGCACAAACAACCUCUAUGCACAUGAUGAUGUACACUUCACAAGAUACACACUGUUCAACAAGUCUUCAGUAUGCCUAUCAGCAUUGCCCGAUGAUUCAUUUAACGUUAUCACGGGACAGAUGAUACAUGAUCGUGUAGUUGGCUUUGUUUUCUUUGAUGGUGCCGAAGGCGUCAACUACGUUUAUUCUACACGAUCAAACGAAUGGACGCCACUCAAUGACAAGCAAUUACUAUUGUUUCCACCACUUUGUCCUUUUGGAGCAUGUCUGAUCAGCGAAUAA